AUGGCACCCCUCCCUAUCCAACAAGUCACGCCAUCCGAUAUCAUCAACACAAAUUCUGCGGCAGGACAAGCGUCGGAGUACUACCAGUCCCUGGAGGGUAGCUCCCUCUCCCAUACGCUACAAAUCGUCGGUGCCUGCAUCGCCGUACUCGUCGUCUCAACUACCGUCACCAUCAUCUUCGUCAAACAUGUCUACGCCAGACGGACGCGCAAGAAUCCAAAGCUCCGUCCUUUGCAGUUUCGCAAUUCAUCCGAUUUCGCCAUUUCCGAGAAAGCUGGCCCUCGCUCCGAAAGCCACGCCAACGCCAUCGAGAUUAGUGGUUGGCAGCGUUUCUGCAACGCGUUCAUGCUAUCGCCAACAGGCUCUACCUCCGGUCACGACAUCCCCGUACCGUCCGUCAUCGCUAAACCCGACGCCAUCCAAAAGCACCUAGACCGCAUCAAACACAAGAAGGGAUCGAGCGUACCCACGACCGAAGAGCCGUUCAUCGCGAUUACCCUACCUUCGACGCGAGGUCAUGACAUUGAAUACCUGCCAGACAAGAUGGCGCCAAUCAAUCUGAGGUUGCUGAAUGACAAGGGACUGUUUGAGAAGUCUGGGUGGGCAGGUGGAAAGGCGGGUGGGCGUAGGCAAGAAGUGGAGAGUACCGGACGAAGGAGGAUGUCUGAUCCUGGUAUGCCGACGAUCGGGGAGGGAGGAGCUGAGGAGGCCGAUAUUGGAGGUGAUAAUCUUGGAAGGACUAGGAGUGCUACGACCUGCGGCGCACCGGUCGUUGCCAAAGCCUCAGGGGCUUUGUUCUGA